AUGGUGGAAAAAGGAAACCCCUUCAUUGUGGGGGUGCUGAUUCUGGGGAACAUCAUCAUCCUGAUGUGUGGCAUCGCGCUCUAUGCGGAGACAGUUUGGGUCACGGCCGACCAGUACAAGGUUUACCCCAUCCUGGGAGUGUCGGGCAAGGAUGACGUCUACGCGGGUGCCUGGAUCGCCAUCUUCUGCGGCUUCGCCUUCUUCUGCCUUGGCGUCUUCGGCAUCGUGGCCCUGGCCCGGGGCAGCCGCCUGCAGCUCAUGCUGUACCUGGUACUGAUGCUGAUUGUCUACAUCUUCGAAUGCGCCUCCUGCAUCACCUCCUACACCCACCGUGACUUUGUGGUCUCCAAUCACAGGAUGGUCACCAAGCAGAUGCUGACGUUCUACGCGGCCCCCACAGCCCAAGGCCGGGAGCUGACCCGCAUGUGGGACCGGAUCAUGAUGGAGCAACAGUGCUGCGGCGCGACAGGCCCCCUGGACUGGGUGAACCAUACGUCCACCUUCCGCUCCUUCUACCCCGAGGGGCUGGCGCCGUGGCCCUUCCUCUGCUGCAAGCGCAAUGCCAACUUUGUCAUCCUCAGCCCGGAGGGCUGCCGUGUGGGGCACGUGGAUUAUAUCAACACCAAGGGCUGCUUUGAGCACAUUGAGAAUGCCGUCAACAGCUACACCUGGGGCAUCUCCUGGUUCGGAUUCGCCAUCCUCAUGUUCACGUGCCCAGUGAUGCUCUUGGCCAUGUACCACUACACCACGCUGUGA